AUGCCGUACGAGCUGCCCGUCGAGUGCGCGACCGAGGCGCACGAGAUCAUCCAGUGGGCGCUGCUCAAGGAGAAGCACUACCCGGCGCUGCGCAGCCCUCGCUACCUCUCGGAGGUGCAGCGCCACGGUAUGACGGCCACCUGGCGUCUGCGCGUGUGCCGAUGGAUGUUCGAGACCGCCAAGGAGUUCGAGCUGCAGAUGGACACGGUCUUCGGCGCGCUGCACUUCCUGGACCAGUACCUGAGCGUGCACUCGGUGGACCGCGUGACGCUGCAGCUGCUGGGCAUGAUCUGCAUGUGGACGGCCAGCAAGAUGCACGAGGGUAAGCCCAUCCUGCUCGAGGAGAUGGCGCUCAUGUGCGAGCGCAAGUUCUCGCGCUCGCAAAUGGUCGACGCCGAGGCGCAGCUCGUGCGUCUCAUAUGCUUCCGCUUCAACCCCCCGAACGUCUUCACCAUGGCGAGGGACUUCGUCAACGAGCUCCCCUUCGCAGGCGACGACAAGGACGUUCGCGCCAACUGCGUCGCCUCCGUGUUCAACCUCCUGGAGCGAGUGGUCGAGGAGAUCUCGUCGCUCGAGUGCUCCGCGUCCAGUCUGGCCAAGGCCGCUGUCCAACUCGUGGCCAAGUCCGAGUACAACCUCACCGUCCCCGAGCUGCUCAAGGCGCUCAAGACCGUCCAGAUCGAGGAACGCGCCUACCGCGCAGCCUUCAAAACUGUGCGUGGCGCGUACUUCGGCACCCCAAGCAGCCCCACGGCCAUCGAACAAGUCUCGGACAUCCACGACGAGGCCCCGUCGCCCCCCUCCAACAACCCGGACGACUCAUACCUCAUCUGCACCGAGACGCUGUCUCCGUCACCAUCCCAGGCGUCCCCUGCCCCCGUGCGAACGACUGCUUCGACUUCAUCAACCAUCGGUGUUACUCGCUCCGCGUCCUCACCCGCGCGCUCCGAGACCGAUACCGAGUUCCCCAACAAGCGUCCCCGCAAGGUGACCAUGUAG